CCUUAUAUGGUUCAGAGUCGCUGUGAAGUGCAAGAAUUCAUUUAUUCUUCAACCUCAAUGUGUAUCUGAUCCGAUCUGAUCUCCAACUAUGAGACUCCUUAAUCUCCCUUCUUCGAAACGAAAUGCUCGGCAGUGGAGGCUUCGCGAUCUGGUCUACGCUGCUUUCUUCGGUGCGGUGUUUGUCUUCUUCGUCUACUCAUUUGCCCCACUUGGUAACACCCUUGCUGCUUCAGGACGACAGGCGCUCGUGCUCGCUACCGGUGAUCCCGUUCAGAGACUGAAGCUAGUGGCCUUGGUAGAGGCUGGGCAGCAGCAGACCAUCGAGACCUGCACUGCUGAGGCGGUUGAUCACAUGCCCUGUGAGGAUCCCAGGAGGAACAGUCAACUCAGCCGAGAGAUGAAUUUCUACAGAGAGCGUCAGUGUCCCUUGCCCGAAGAGACUCCGCUCUGUUUGAUUCCUCCGCCCUCCGGCUACCGGAUCCCUGUCCAGUGGCCCGAGAGCUUGCACAAGAUAUGGCACAGCAACAUGCCUCACAAUAAAAUUGCGGACAGGAAGGGUCACCAGGGCUGGAUGAAAAAAGAAGGUCCAUACUUUGUCUUCCCAGGGGGUGGCACUAUGUUUCCUGAUGGGGCCGUACAAUACAUUGAGAAACUGGGGCACCACAUUCCUAUAAGUGGAGGAGUUUUGAGGACAGCCCUAGAUAUGGGAUGUGGGGUUGCAAGCUUUGGGGGUUACCUUCUUGAGGAAGAUAUUUUAACCCUCUCAUUUGCUCCAAGAGAUUCACAUAAAGCACAGAUACAAUUUGCUCUAGAAAGGGGACUCCCGGCAUUUGUUCUAAUGCUUGGUACUCGUAGAUUGCCUUUUCCUGCGCAUUCCUUUGAUUUGAUGCACUGCUCUCGUUGUUUGAUCCCAUUUACUGCCUAUAAUGGAACAUAUUUUGUUGAAGUGGAUCGGCUGCUUCGACCAGGAGGAUAUUUUGUUGUCUCUGGGCCUCCUGUACAAUGGCCUAAACAAGAUAAAGAAUGGGCGGAUCUGCAGGCCCUAGCUAGAUCCUUGUGUUAUGAGCUGAUUGUUGUGGACGGGAAUACUGUUAUCUGGAAAAAGCCUUCAACCGAUUCAUGUGUUCCGAUACAAAACGAGUUUGGGCUUGAAUUUUGCAAUGACUCAGAUGUCCCAAGCUAUGCAUGGUACUUCAAAUUGAAGAAUUGUAUAAGUAAGAUGGCCUCCCUCAAGGGCGAACAUGCUGUUGGGACCAUUCCUACUUGGCCAGAUAGGCUAACUAAGCCUCCUUCAAGGGCUAUAAUAAGGGAAAAUGGGAAUGAAAUGUUUGAGGUUGAUACACGACGUUGGGCUAGAAGGGUUGCAUACUACAAGAAAUCGCUUAACUUGAAGCUUGGGAGCCCAGCUGUGCGCAACAUCAUGGACAUGAAUGCCUUUUUUGGAGGUUUUGCAGCCGCAUUAUUGUCUGAUCCAGUAUGGGUGAUGAACGUUGUUCCUCCUCGCAAGUCAUCAACAUUGGGUGUGAUUUAUGAUAGAGGACUAAUUGGAGUCUACCAUGAUUGGUGUGAACCUUUUUCAACGUAUCCUCGAACUUAUGAUUUUAUACAUGCAUCCAAUAUCGACUCGCUUACAAGGCAUUCUGGUUCCAGUAAAAACAGGUGUGGUCUUGUUGACCUAAUGGUGGAGAUGGACCGGAUGUUGCGCCCAGAGGGAACAGUUCUUGUUCGAGAUUCUCCUGAAGUCAUUGACAUGUUGGCUCGCAUUGCACAUGCGGUAAGAUGGAAAACCACUAUUCAUGAACCAGAACCAGAACCAGAAUCGGAGGGAAGAGAGAAGAUUCUUGUAGCAACCAAGACAUUCUGGACGUUACCUUCAGCCUCCCACUAAUACAGCAUUUUAGCCUACAGCAUUGGAGCAUCUUUUUGUAGUUUCUCUCUC